GACAGAUAAAUCAUAAAUUUAAUCGUUUCUUUAUAAUAUUUAAUAUAAUUUAUUAUUUAAGCUUUACAAUAGUUUGUAUUUCUCAUAAUUACAUUCAACAAUCUUCAAUGUUCUGAUAGUCACAGUCUGUGUUCACUGUUCGCGGUGUUCUCUGAUUGGAGGUUACUGAUAAAUAUAAUAAUUUUAUCCACUUUUUUGAGUAUACUUUGAAUGGAUUUCAGAUCAAGGAAGAAAUUGAAGCAUUCCUGAUUGCUCCAAUGGAUAUUGGCAGAAGCGCCCAUGAAUUAUCCUUGAAGGAUGAAUUAGAAUAUGAGAAUCAGUCAAAAAUGUCCACAUGUGACCAAAUAACAGAUAGCAAAUCACCAGUCUCAGAGCACAAUUCAUUGAGUGGAGAAUCAGAUUCCAGGCUGACUAAGGCCAUUGAAAAAGAAGUGUGUGGUGGUAGAAUAGCCGAAGUAGUAUCAGUAAGGUUGGAGGAUUCGUUUGAAGGCUGCGAUAAACAGAAGUUAUGUCCAUACCAGAUGGCGACAGUUACUGUUAAAAAGGAGGAGGAGGAGGAGGAGGAGGAUGAUGAUGAUAGAAGCCAGCAACCAGCUGCAGUGGAAGAUGAUUGCAGCCAACAACAUUAUCUAAUCCCUGGCUACAACAUGAUCUUUAUCAAAGAGGAGGCAUAUGACGAUCAAGAGGCUGAAGGAAGUGCAGUGAAGAGUGAACCAGAGAUGUGGCCUUCAAACUGCAGCACAUCUGUCCGAGACUAUGCAACAGAAGUGGGUGGACUGAAUGAGCAUUCAAUCUCUCCAGUGGAAAAGUGCACUGAGUCAUCUGUGGCUGGUGAACAGACCAAGCUCUACAGCUGUGCUCACUGUAGCUAUAAAACACCACAGUUUGGUAAUUUGAAGAUACACAUUAGAAAACACACUGGAGAAAAACCAUUCAAUUGCAAGUUUUGUGACUACAAAAGUUCUGAGCUAGGUAGAUUGAAAAUACAUAUCAGAACACAUACUGGAGAAAAACCUUUCAGCUGCAAGUUUUGUGAAUAUAAAUGUGCUGAUUCAAGUAGUUUAAAAAAACAUUUCAGAACUCAUACAGGAGAAAAACCUUUCAGCUGCGAGUUUUGUAACUUCAAAAGUGCUAGGUCAGGUGAUUUGAAGAAGCAUAUCAGAACACAUACUGGAGAAAAACUGUUCAGCUGCGAGUUUUGUGAAUAUAAAUGUGCUGAUCCAAGUUGUUUGAAAAGACAUAUUAGAACACAUACUGGAGAAAAACCUUUCAGCUGCGAGUUUUGUGACUUCAAAAGUGCUCAUCUAAGUACUUUGAAAGCACAUAUCAAAACACAUACUGGAGAAAAACCUUUCAGCUGCAAGUUUUGUGACUUCAAAAGUGCUCAGUUAGGUACAUUGAAAGCACAUAUCAAAACACAUACUGGAGAAAAACCUUUCUGCUGCGAGUUUUGUGACUUCAAAAGUGCUCAGUUAGGUAAUUUGAAAGUACAUAUCAAAACACAUACUGGAGAAAAACCUUUCUGCUGCGAGUUUUGUGACUUCAAAAGUGCUCAGUUAGGUAAUUUGAAAGCACAUAUCAAAACACAUACUGGAGAAAAACCUUUCCGCUGCAAGUUCUGUGACUUCAAAAGUGCUCGGUUAGGUACAUUGAAAGCACAUAUCAAAACACAUACUGGAGAAAAACCUUUCUGCUGCGAGUUUUGUGACUUCAAAAGUGCUCAGCUAUGUACUUUGAAAGCACAUAUCAAAACACAUACUGGAGAAAAACCUUUCAGCUGCAAGUUUUGUGACUUCAAAAGUGCUCGGUUAGGUAAUUUGAAAGCACAUACCAGAAAACAUUCUGGAGAAACAACUCCUAGCUAAGCAUAAUUUCGUCAACCCUCACUUUCUUAUCAAACUUUAUCAAAACAGUUAUCUACUCUACCUCGAAUCUUUGAUUAAGCUUCAUCUUCAAUUCAUUCAAUUUAUUUCAUCAAUAAGUAAUAACUUUGAGGGUAAAUCCUGCAGUGGAGUCUGCCAUAAAUGAGGUUAGUUGUACUUUCUUUCUGACUUCAAAAAUUUUGAAAUUUAAAUGUGGAUACAUCAAUAAUUGUCACAGAUCAUAUGAAUAUGAUUUGGAUACAACAGGCUUGGCAUAAAAAUGGUAUUCCAAAUUUCAUAAAGAAGAACAUUUUAUAUGUUUUCUCAAUCCAAUUUUCAAUAUUUUGAAUCUUAUUCAAGGACUACAUUUUUGUAUCAUACUCUUGCUGUAAAUGAGGCUUGUUUUGGCAUUAAGCUGUAAACCUCUUUUGAGUUAUAUUUGGAAGUAUUCUUAUAUAUUUAAUAGUAUUAUUUUUAGAUAUUAUAAUAUUGUGUAUGUUUUUGAGAAAUGAAUUUGAAAAAAAUUUGAAUAUUAUCAUUUUUAUGUGAGGUAAUGUAUUUCUAUAUAAACAAAUAACUAUGUGCAAUAAAAUAUAUUAUGUUUCCUGUUGAGAAUACAUGAA